AUGUUUGUUUCAAUUAAAUAUGAUCCUGAAAGAUUUAAAUCCCUACAUUCAUCAGCUAAUACACCUCAUACCGGUAGAACAACUAGACGAUCGUCUAUGCCAGAUUAUACCAAUACUACCAUAGCCCUAUCGACUAAAUAUAACACUAAUACUAGUACUUCUAAUUCCCAAUCAUCAUCGUUCACACUGUCACCUACAAAAAUCGUCAAAUUUAAAUAUAAUAGUCGAAGGUUUGUAAAUUCUCCUGCAUCCACUAAUUCUGGAAUAUUGAAUAAUACCCCAGAAUUUAAACCAGAUAUAAACAAUAAAUCAGUGUCUACUUCACCAACUACAGGAAUCAAAUCAUUAAAUAAUGCAGAUAAAAAUAUGCGUGGCAAAUAUGAUAUGAAAGAACGGACACCAACAGCAGAAUCACAAACAUUUGAUAUCAAUUCAAGUCCAAUUAAAGACUCAAGAACUGCCACAACUAAAACUAGAACUCCAUCAGUGGUUUCUACGCCUUCACAAACUCCAGCUCGUACACCUACCCCGACAUCAACUUCAGUCACUACCCCUAAUCACCUAAUUUCAAUCAUACCAGUAUCAAAAGAACUAUCUCGAAUGACAAACGAAAUGAAACAAAUGAUAGAUUCAAUGAAGAAGUACAAUGAAGGUUAUGUUGUUCCCACUACUUCUUCAACCCCUGUUAGUACUAAUACAGAAAAACUUUUUAAUAGGAAACAUAUCAAUGGUGAUCAAGGAGGAUCGAAAAAUAAUAAUAGUACCGGUGGUAGUGUCAGUGUUAACUCGAUUAAGCACAAUUUGGAGAUUGAAAAUCGAUGGUAUAAAAAUAUGUACGUUGUGAGUGAUAGAUUGAAUUUUAUGAAAGAAGUUUACAAGGCAGUAAAUAAAUUAAAAGAGAAGAAAAUCGCUGCAGAAGCUGCAGCUGCCACUACUAGUACUACCACUGCUGAUGACACUACAUCUACUACUGUUCCUGCUGCUACUACGGCAGAAACGGCAACUACUACCAGUAUUACCACUCCCACUAGUAACAAUGAUAAUAUAAACAACACUGAUCAUGAUAAAGAAUUGAAAGUAAAGGAGAAAAUUAAGUUAAUGAUGAUGAUGGGAAGUAGUAGUCCAGUGAAGAAUGAAAGAGAGGAAUAUACUGACAAUGGACUGAGUCCUGUAAAGCUGUCAGCAUUGGAAAAUAAUGAUAGUUUUGGGAAAAACUAUAAUGAUGAGGAUGGGGAUGACGAUGAGGAAGACAAUGAAGAUGAAGAUGAAGAUGAUGGGGAUGAUAGUGAAGAAAGAAUGGGAUUUGAUAGUAAUAGUCGUCGUCGUAAACGUCGGCAUCGUUCUAAUGGUGAGAGCAGCAAUGGUGACAUUGUUGAUAUCAAGGGUGUAUAA